AGAACUUCCUGUUUCUCUUCAUGCUCUGGUUCUCCCAGGUCCAUGUCAUCUGCUUGAACCCCCAGCUCAGGUCCUUGCAUAGGAAGGGGGUCCAGACUCUGGCUCAACAGAUAUGUAGAAGAGGCGGAGCCAACUUCUGAUUUGAUUGACAGCCAGUUGCCAGACCAUAUCCAUGGGAACAGCAAAGCGUCCUCGACUGGCUGCAGACUCAGAGGUGUUGUGCUCAAGUUUUUAAUUUGAACAGCGACAGUGUAAAUACGAAUUUAACACAAGAAUGCGUCCGAGGUCCGCUGUGGAGAGCUGGGUGUCACCUUCCGCACAGAGGCCUCAAAUAUCGAGCCAUAUAGAUCUGAGGCCUAUGACACAAGGGCUCGCCAUCAUCCCCAGAGCUAAGAGUGCGUCUCGGAUCUCCUCAGGGGAUUUCUCAAGGAGGAACACAAUCAAGUCUGACUCUGCCUCCUCCGUGCAGUCGGUGGCAGACGAGAGUCUUUCUUUGGUGGACAUUGAGAACCUACUCUUGGAGAGAGUCAAGGACAAAAAAGAGGACUUGCAGGCUGCUUUCGAAGCCUUUGACCAGGAAGGCAACAAAGCUGUCACCAAAGGAGAGUUCAGGCGUGUAAUCGAGGGGUUUCUUGUUCCACUCACUGAAUCUCAGUUUGAGGGUCUGUUGGCAAAGAUUGACUUAAGAGAAAAUGGAACAAUUUCUUACAUGGAGUUUCUCAGAAGAUACUGCAAAAUGUCCUCUGCAGUAGGCAGAAACAGGAGUGGAAGUUACAGAAACUCGUCACUUGGAGAACUACAGUGUCGUCUGAAAGAUAAGAUUGGAGGCAAUUUGAAAAACAUCAGCAGGGCUUUUCGGCUGUUUGACUACAACAGCGAUGGGCAGAUACAGCAACACGAGCUGCGUAAAGUCCUCGAGGGAUACUGCUUUCCCAUGAGUCAGCUGGAAUUCCACAGACUAUGGUCACAUUACAGCGUGAAUAAUUCUGAAAUAUCUUACAAGGAGUUUCUUGAGAAGCUUGGUGUUGACUGUGAAAACGAUAGAAAAAUUGCACCAGAUUCUAUACAACUGGCACUGAAUUGGGACACUGUCAGUCGUUCUACAACAAGACCUAAAAGUAAGACAAGCGUAAGGGCUUUCUCAAGCAAAUCCAGGGGCAAUGUCAACAUGGAUGAAGUCCAGACAAGGUUUUUGAGCAAAAUAAAGAAGAAUUACAGCCUUGUUGAAAAAGCUCUGCAGGCAUUUGACAUCACAGACAGCGGAUUUGUCUCUCAAGAGGAUCUCAGAUCUGUCCUCAGUAAUUUCCUCUUCCCCAUGGAUGAUAAUAUCUUCAGGGAGUUAUUGAACAGAUUUGGAGUGAGCAGCACAGAGCCUCUGCAAUGGAGAAUAUUUCUUGGAUUGUUCAAAGACGACAUAGCUGUACAGAAAGAUUCUGUUCCAGCAACUCCAGACACAUGCAGUAUUGAAGCAAUUCUACUAAACUUACGUCAGCAUGUUUUUGAUAAUCAGCCUCUUCUGACAGAAACCUUUCUGGACUUUGAUAAAAACAGAACAGGGUUUAUCAGUAGAGAUGAACUAUGCAGGGCUCUGAGGAGCCUGAACUUCCAUCUCAGCGAUGAGCAGUUCAGCGCUCUUGCUGUAUUCUUGGAUGUGGAACAUACAGAUGCCAUAAAUUAUCAACAAUUCCUGGACUUCCUCUAUCACCAAAGACCAGUCAUGGAGACAGCAAAGCUCAAUAAAAAGGUUUCAGAACAGUUAAACCCAUUGCCAUCCACAGCAACGACAACAAAGAAUGCUGUGGAACAGAUUCUUAAGGAGAAGCUCUCUGAGAACUAUGACAUGCUGAUCGAAUCUAUCAUCAACACAACCCAAAACCAGAGAGACACCAUCCCCUCAGAAGACCUUGGGAGAUUAAUAAUCCGACAACACGGACUGCCGCUGUCUGAGCGCCACUUCAGCAAGCUUUGUGAACCAUUUUUAGAGGGCGGAAAUGUGAACUACACGCUAUUUCUGAAGAGCUUGGGUGUUUCAGAGAAGAUUGAGAGCCGCCUCAGUAUCACUGAGAGAGAGGAAAAGGCACAUGAAGCCUCCAUAAUGAACUUAAAAGCACAAGCAGUGAAGGAUGUUGUCCUGAGGAAACUCAAGGACAGGCUUCAGAGACGCGGGAUGUCCUUUCAGGACUAUCUGGUGUCCAAAAGGAAAAGCAUGCCAGUAGCGCUUACUCUGAGAGAUUUCUGUAAGAUUCUGGAUGACUGUGGUAUUUUCCUGGAAGAACCCCAGCUUCAGAUGCUUAUCGAGUCUCUUGGUUUUAAUUUGGGUUCGAUUUCUGUCACUGACUUUGUGGCCAAAUUUGAAGUUACAAUACCAGAAAAGGACGAAGAAAGACAGACAAAGAAUGUACAAAUGUCCACUCUUUUGACUGCAGAGGACUGUCUAGCUCAACUUAAAAAGAGGAUUGAGGAAUAUCAUGGGGAUGCUCUGACCGCUUUUUGUCGUCUCAUGGACAAGAACCGAGAUGGAGUGGUGAAUCGGAAUGACUUCAGGGCUCUGUUUGACAGCCUGAUGUUUGUAACCACAGAGAAGGAGUAUCAGAGACUGCUUGACCUGUUGGGCCUUACGCCUGGCUGCACACUCAACUACGCUGAGUUCUACAACAAAGUUCACUCUGGCAGCAAGACGAAAUCACAUCACCACGAUAACACCUCAGGAGAUGGAUACCUUGACACUGCAUGUGACCAAUUUCAUGGCUAUUUGGCAUCCACUGCACAGAAAAGACCUUCUGAGCUCUCAAAGGCCUUUUGUCAGUUGGGUGACGAUGUUAAAAGCAUCAUGACCAAAAAUGGUCUAAAGCAGCUACUUUUUAAAUACUACAUGCCCAUCACACCAAACGAGUUUGAAAAACUCUGGGACAGAUAUGAUGAAGAGGGGAAGGGCUUUGUCACUCAGACAGAGUUUUUAAGUAAGCUUAAAAUCACAUCAGAUGAAGACAGCCAAUCAGACGCUUUACAAGAACAGCUCACCGAGAGGGUGAUUUCCACACCUGACCUGGAAGUUAUGCUACAAAAUCUUAGGAAGUGGAUUGGGAAUGACUUUGAGAGAGUGAGUGGAAGCCUUGUGAUUCUGGAUAAAAACAAAGAUGGUCACGUUACCGUGACAGACCUGCUAUCUCUCCUGCACAGACAUGGAUUUCGACUUCGAGAACAACAGCUCACACAUCUACUGAACCUCCUUGGCUUUGACGGCAGUCUGAAGGAGCUGCCAUACCUUGAUUUUCUAAAGCAUCUCACUGGACCUCCAGUUUCCAGCGGGUCUGCAGGUGAACCUCCUCAAGGUCCGACUGUGUGUUCUCCAGAACCAGUGGAGGAUAUAGAGGAGCUGAGCCCAGAAAAAACAAUACAAAGAGUCAAGGAGCUGGUUACUGCCUCCUCAGAUACUCUCUACAAGGCUUUCUCUGCAUUUGAUAAGACUGGAGAUAGUAUGAUACCACAAACAAAGUUUCGACAAGUGCUGGACCAUUUCUGUAUGCGUCUCUCAGAAGUGCAGUUCAGGAAGUUGCUGUCGGAGCUCAGAAUAAACGAAGGGGAGGAGAUUAUGGUUGACUGGAAGGAAUUCCUCCAAGUCUUCAACCUCCACAAACAAGAGACAGCAGAUGAAUGGCUGAAGAAAAUCCAUAAGCUGUGCUUUCCUAAUCAGCCCCGAUCUUUAGUAAUCAGUGACAUUUUGAGACGGAUACAGGAGGUUGUGUCAGCCCGCAUAUACACUAUAACAAAGGAAAUGGUAGACCUCGACUACGCCAAUAUAAACACGAUCUCCAAAACUGACUUUAAGGCCAUUUGUGAUCGUCACUUCAUGAGGCUCACCGACGAACAGUUUCAAGACCUGUGGAAAAUGCUACCAGUUAAUGGCUUUGGAAAUCUGGAAUAUCGAGAAUUCCUGAAAAAGUUCAGUGGAGAACAGCAAGGCCUGGAAAAGGUUGCUAAAUCACUACCAGGUUCAGCAAGAGCAACGCUGGAGAGACCAACAUCACUCAGACGCCCCAAAACAGCACCCUGUGCCUUUCGGCGCUCUGCGUCAUCAGCGUCAGAGCAGCUUCAGAGACCCUCCACUGCGAGCAGAAGGUCCACACCACUGCUGAACUGUGAGGAUGUGGAGAUGAAGCUACGCUCCAAGAUCCAGGACUGUUGGAGGCACAUCCAGAGGAGAUGCAGGCAGGCCGACCCUGAGAGGACCGGAGAGAUAGAUGUGGAUGUAUUCCUAGAAAUACUCCAGGCCCUCCAUAUUGAGCUGAGUCCACUUGAGUUUGAGCAGCUGGCUGUCAAAUACGACAUCAAAAACAGUGGACGUCUCUCUUAUCCGGACUUCCUGCGGCACUUUGUGCUGAUGUUCAGUCCUCAGGUCAACUCUGCAUCGCACAGACUCAAACUGCAGCUCCCCAGGACACCAAUGAGUCCUGGCCCAUUUAGUAGCCAGUGUGCUGAAGCCAUGCUGAGAAUCUCCAGGCCUAUCCAGCUCUUCUGGAGGCAGAUGAGGCACAAAUUCAUCGCAUUUGACAAAGAGCGCACUGGAAAGAUCUCUCUUCAGGACUUCAGAAAGGUUCUGAGACAAUACAGCGUGAAUCUGUCAGAGGAGGAAUUCUUUCAUUUCACUUCUUUUUUUGACAAGAACCUCUCAGGAAGGAUUUCAUACAAUGAUUUUCUGCGCAUUUUCCUUAAAUGAGUGCAGAUUCAUCUGUUUAUUAGUUUGGAGUGUCAUAUUGCACUUCUUAAGCAACACUGAU